AUUCGAUCGGUUUGAUAUAAAAGAGCUCACUAACUUUGGUACGGGUCAAGUGAGUUGCGGAACGUGCUGUCAACUUAUCGCACCGCGUCUCACUUCAAUUCAGAUUCGAACGGACGUAGAAAUAAAGUAGAAGUUUAUUUUACAUCUUAAUUUGACAUAUCUAUUCAAGGUCCUAAGGGUUGAAACCUUUUGGACGUGGAUAGGACGAGUCAAGAAGACCACUAAAAUUCUUCUUCGUUCAGACAUCUCGUUUAUCUCGGAAGAUCCAUUUUAACGAUUCGUCAGUCUACCAACCGACGACACAGCCUUGAAGAAGGAUGCUGCUGCAAAACUAUACCUUCGAGAACGGCCCUCAGCCUUUUGUAGGCGGAAUGGGAGAGGUCCAACAAAUGCAAGAAAGGUUUUUGGGAUGGAACGUACCACCGGAACACAUGGGACUUGUACACGUUCAUUGGAGGGGCUACCUCGCACCUGGAAAAUACUGGCACAUUGGUCUCUCGCUUAUUUAUUUUAUGCUGUUUGUCAUGUCCGUCGUUGGAAAUGGAUGCGUCGUAUGGAUAUUUACCACAUCAAAAGCUCUUAGGACACCCUCGAACAUGUUUAUCGUCAAUUUGGCUAUAUUCGAUCUAACGAUGGCGUUAGAAAUUCCACAUUUCAUAAUAAAUAGCUUUAUACAACGCAUUUGGGGUUGGGAGAUUGGUUGUGCUAUAUUUGCAUUUUUGGGCAGUAUUUCUGGUAUCGGGCAGGCAAUCUCCAAUGUUGCCAUUGCCUACGAUCGUUACAGAACGAUAUCGUGUCCGAUCGAUGGUAGACUAAACGGAUCACAAGCUGGAUUGAUCGUUGCAUUUACUUGGUUCUGGGCUUUACCAUUUUCAGUUUUACCUCUUAUAGAGGUGUGGGGAAAAUUUGUACCAGAGGGAUACCUAACUACAUGCAGUUUCGAUUUUCUAACGGAUAACUCGGACACGAGGGUUUUCGUAGCUUCGAUCUUUCUUUGGUCUUAUCUUUUACCAUUGACCCUCAUAGUUUAUUUUUACUCGCAAUUGAUUAGAUCCAUUAGACAACACGAGAAGAUGCUUCGCGAUCAGGCAAAAAAAAUGAACGUGAAAUCUUUGGUUUCAAAUCAGGAUAAAGAACGUAGCGUCGAAGUUAGAAUCGCUAAAGUAGCGUUCACUAUUUUCUUCCUAUUUCUCUGCGCGUGGACGCCUUAUGCUGUUGUCGCUGUUAUCGGUGCUUUUGGUAAUAGCGACUUGUUGACACCUCACGUAGGUAUGUUACCAGCUGUUUUCGCAAAAUCGGUUUCGUGCAUAGAUCCAUGGAUUUAUGCCAUCAAUCAUCCAAGGUAUCGUCAGGAAUUACAAAAGCGAUGCAAGUGGAUGGGAAUACGAGAACCCGAACCAGUUGCAGACAAUGUUUCAGCGCAGACCGAAAAACUUAAGGCAGACGAAGCAUAAUUCUAAAUGUUUUAUGUACUUUAUGGAAAAUGAGAAAACGACGGCAUGGAUGAUCGAUCGUAUCGAAUCGUCAAUCCACCACCGAUCCGAUAUCGAUCUUUCCUCUCGUCUACGAUUUCUUUUAUUUGUCAAUAUAUUAUAAAUAGAAAUUAUUACCAAAAUAUUCUGUAUAAAAAUUGUUAUUAUUAUUAUUAUUAUUAUUAUUAUUAUUAUCAUUAUACAGUAGAACGUGGCACAUACACGCUAAUCUGUGGUUUCUUAUAUAAAUUUGAAUAAAGCAAGCAUCAAAUGGA